CUUUUUCCUCAAAACACAAGGCCCUUCAGUUACUAAUCUAAAAAGGAAAGGACCAAAUACUAUAGAAUAAGGACUGUUCUUGCCCACAGGGAGAACUUGGGCCUGAAAAGCAGAGCUGAAGAGUAGCGAGAUGACAUCAUCUUUCACUAAUAUGAACCUGAUUGCUUUCUGUGUCUCGGGUGAGAACAUACAGAAAGUUGGCCGGCAAACAAUGUUUAACUUAUGUGAUUAGCUUUAAUAACACACACGCGCACACACGGACGCGCACACACACAGUAUCUAGAUAUAUGGUCAGUAAUCACUGUCCUACUUUAUGGAAACAUUUAGUCCAUUUUAUCAGCCAAACUAACAGCAGUUGCUGUAAAUGUGCUAAGAGUAAGACUAUGAGAUGACAUAAGCUGUACGCAAAGUAAUGCCAGGCGCAGGCCUAUCUAUUUCAGUAACACUAACUGUUUUGACAAGAGACCCCUUUGACUUUGGAUUAGCUCAUCAAAGCUUAUAUGAUCUGCAUCACUUACAAAAGCCACACAAUAACCACUUGUACUGUAAAAACAACUCAUGACCUUGUUUAACUUCUUUCAUGCCAAGCAUAUAUUUUUCUUUUUCACCAAUGUUCAGCUGUCACCUCCAAUCAUUUCCCAUUUCUCAGCUUUUCCAGCUCCACGACAGACUUCACAUACCCCAUUGGUAAAAGCAGCAACAUUUCUUCCCAUCUUCGAGGUUGUAUAAAUACCUAAACGGCUGUCUUUUAACCUAACCAGGCUCUGAUAAUCAUAAUUGAAAAGGACAAUAUGCCAGAGAAGAGAGAGAGGUGGAAGGGAAGACACACAAGAGAAGGCCUGUCCUGUGAUGACUUGCUGUUUCUGCUCAGCAUUUUGGAGGGGGAGCUACAGGCGAGGGAUGAGGUAAUUGCUGUUUUGAAAUCAGAGCAGACAGAUUCAGGUCUACUGAGGACCCACUAUGGUUUCAGCAGACAGAAGAUGGUGCUUCAUGCCCUGUGGAGAGACUCCCUCUGGGCCCAGCAGGACCACUUACAGGAUGUGUAUGAAAGACCUAAUGCUGAGCUCAAACAAUUGGUGGAAGCCCACGAGCAUUCCUCAAAACAGAUGAUGAAGCAGCUUCAGGAGGUUACCCUCUCUCAUUCUGAGGCUCUGCACAGGCUGGAGGAACAAGAGAAAAGCCACAGGGCUUUGAUCCACAAGAGCAACAGCCUUGCCACUCUGCUGAAGCAGGACAGAGAGAGAUUCAAGCUGUUGCUUAUAAAGGAAAGAGAGUACCAGGAAAUUAAAGAGAAGAAACAUGAAAGAGAAGCAUCCAUUCUAAAAAAGGAGCUGACCGAGCUGAAGGCUUUUGCACUGCUAGUUGUAAAGGAGCAAGAGAGACUGAGCAAGCUGCUGGAGGAGCAGAAACGCUGUACCAAAGAACUGACGGCUAUCACUGACCAUAUCAAGCAGAGGCUUAGUGCUCCUAGACGAAGAGCAAAGGUGGGGGAGGAACUAAAAUCUCUGCAUAUCGAGGUUGAGCGCCACAAUCAAGUUUCCCUCUUCCACAAAAGCCAGAACAACAUGACAGCCCUAAGCCUCCUGUCAGAGGUCGAGGUACUGAGGAGAAGGGUGGUGCAAAUGGAGGGAAAAGACGAAGAGCUGAUACGCAUGGCGGAACAAUGUCGAGACCUGGACAGCAGACUAGCGAAGGAGACCAGCAACUGCCGUAGCCUGAAAGCUGAAGUGGAUAAACUCAACAGCAGAAUUAGUGAACUGGACAGGAUGGAGGAGGCUUUAGGCAAGAGCAAACAGGACUGCAGCAUCCUAAAAAACAGCUUGGAGCAAGAGAGACAGGGCAGCAAAAUGCUUUCUGAUGAACUUGACACUUUAAGGCUAAAGGUAAGAGAUCUAGAGGCCGUUGAGAGCCAACUGGAGAAGAGUGAAAUGGUCGUCAGACAAGAUCUUGGCAAGCUCAGGUCACUUACUGUAGCUUUGGUGGAGGACAGAAAAACUAUGGCUGAGAGACUCCGACAGGCUGAGGAAAAACUACAUAGGAAGGAGGCCAAAAGAAAUGAGCAUGGCAAUUUGGCCACAAUGACAGAAAAGCUGAGAGAGGACAGGCUGCAGGCACUGAGGUCUCAAGUGGACUUGGAAGAAACAAUAAAGAGCAUAGCAAAGGAAAAAGACGAUCUCCUGGACAGUCUGAACAAAGAGGAGGAAAGAAACAGAGAACUACAGAAUAAGGUAACCAUAAUGAAGAAGAAGUUACAGGUCUUGGAGAACAGGAAAGAAAAAGAGGACAAAUACUCAUACACCUCUAUUCCAAAUAACACUGCCUAUUACUGCCAAACUGAGGACAACAAAGUUAAAGAACUGACCCGUGAGUUAGAAAAGCUGCAAAAGAGACUCCAGGAUAAGGAAGUGCUGGAGGGAGAACUGAUGAAACUGGAAGAGGACUUUGAGUGUCUUGAAAAGAGGCUCCAUGAGGAAAAGACAAGGACCCAAGCUCUAACAGAGGAGCUGGAAUUGACAAAGAGAGAGCUUUCAAGGUACGAGCAGGCAGAGAAGCAGGAGGUCAACCAGGAGCACCUUCUCCUUUGCCGCCUUCAGAAGGAGCAGGUUAAAUCUAGACUCUUAACCAGAGAAGUAGACAGCCUGAAAGAAAAACUCCAGAAGCUGAUGGGAACAGAAGAAUCCAUCUGCAGGAUGCAAGUGGAUCAAUCCGCACUGCAAAGAAAACUGAACCAGCAAGAAGCCAAGAACAAAGAGCUGGCCAGAGAGAUGAAGGAACUUACUGGUGAGCUAGACAGAUACAGACAAAUCAAUAGUGUGAAACCCAGUGCCAGCAAACACACUGCAGUCCAUGAUCAGACCACCAGAGAGGUACAAACUGAACCUGCACAGAGCCUGCUUCCUGACUAUCGGAGGCACAGCAAGAAACUAGAUGAACAAAAUGGUGACACAGACCCAAACCAUAAUGUAGAGAUCGUCAACAAAAGGAGCUCUCCUGUCAACAGCCUUAACAGCUUAAACAGUACAAAUAACAACCUAAGCCAGGACAGCAGCCACUCAGGGACAGAAAUGCACCCAACAAUUAAUGGAGAAGUUAUGAUGUUAACACACACACCAGGUCAGCCACUGCACAUCAAAGUAACACCGCAUCAUGUCCUCAACACAGCAAUGCUCGAGAUCAGUAGCCCAACUGGAGAGACAGCGUCAUCAUACACCAGCACAGCCCUAAUCCCGACGAGUGGAGCUUCACCUAAGCAGAGAAUUACCAUCAUCCAGAACCCUAAGACCCCCACUUCCAACCCUGACCGUGCCAUCUCCCCCCUUGACGGAGCGAACAUGUCUCGGAUGUUGAGCCCAAAUUGCUCACGCUCUGUCACACCCGACCACAACAGCUCUCCUAUUCAGAUCGUAACUGUCAGGAGUUGCUCUCCGGAGCCAGCAGAGGUUACAGAUCAGACUAUUUUCUGCAAGACACCUGAACAGCAGAACGGCUGGUACCAUUCGAGGUCCAGUACCCCUGACUCAAGUCCCAGUAUCAUCACAACAGAGGACAGUAAGAUCCACAUCCAUCUGGGGAGCCCAUAUUUCCAGCCCCGACAUGGUAUGACCCACAAUUUCCCACAGCCCGUUGGGCCAUACUAUGUUCGACAUGAACAAAGAACUCAAGUACUCACUAACGGCUGUCAUGUAAAAGGUGUUGGAAAGAUUACAAGUAGCAUCACUAUAUCCCCUGCUAGCUCGCCAGGAUCAUAAUCCUUAAAUGUUACAAUAAGCAGUCUUUGUAUUUAGGUGAAAUACAAAUAUAUAAUAUGUAUUUUGCAAAAAAUAUGUCCUCAGUCAUCAUUUUAAACUCUACACAACCAAAAUAAUUCUGCAAAUGCAAAAGUAUUUUGAUGUAUUUGAAUGUUUCGUCAUGUUUGUUUAAUGAGAGCCUUUGUAAAGCUUACUUUAUUUGAUUACUGUCUCAAGAUUUAUUGACUUUAACAACCCUUCAUUGUAUGUCAAGUGCCUGUCUAAGACAUAAAUGAGAUGUCAGUGUUUCAAUAACAUUCCUUUUUUCCCUUGUUCAUUAAAAGUUAUCUUGUUUUCUA